AACUACCUAUUUGUGUUUCGGUUAAAAUAGGCCUUAAAAAUUGGACAAAAUUCCCCAAGAUAUUAUUUUAUCUACACUCAAACCUUUAAAAUUAUAGCAAACUUUGUUAGAGAAUGUGAUUAACGUUAAUCACUGAAAAUUACCAAGAUUAGUUGGGAGUGACUCACUGACCUUAAUAAGGGAUCACAAGAAGAUUUUCCUGUUGAAAUGCUUGAUACAAUGUUAGAUUUUGGUAACAAGUAUGCAUUGGAAGCUCUUUAUAAUUGGUUUAAUUUGUAUGAUAUAUGAAAAUGAUGCUGAUGAAAACAAAACGCAAACUAGUUAUGAUUUUAAGUUAUUUACUCUAAACAAUGAACUGCUCGUAACAUUCAACGGUUUCUACACCAAAAGUGUUCGACGACAACAUAUAAUAUCAGCCCUAAGGAAUAUAAAUGAGUUCAAAUUUGGUAUAAAACCUCAUUUGAACGAUCUCAAAACAAUUCUUUCAGAUUUUGACGUUGUAUCUUUUGAUUCACAAAAUUUGACACAAGUACAAAAAGUGAAGAAUACUCUUACUAGGUAUUCAGCUAUAAAGACAGUCACAGCUCAUAAGAAAAUUGUACAAAGUCUUAAGGAUACAAGUGAAAGAGAUGCUCAACGACAUCCGUUGAGGUGGACAGGGCCUGUUGGCCACAUCACUAACGUUGUUGGAGCUAAUGAGUUAUGGUCGGCAGGAAUAACAGGCAAAGGGGUUAAAGUUGCGAUAUUUGAUACUGGUUUGGCUGCUUAUCAUAGUCAUUUCAAAACUAACUGCAUCUCUGAAAGAACCGAUUGGACAUCAGAUGGAAGUUUGGAAGAUAAUGUUGGCCAUGGAACUUUUGUUGCAGGAGUUAUCGCCUCCUCUUCACCUCAGUGCCCUGGGUUAGCCCCUGAUGCUAAGCUAUAUAUAUAUAGGGUUUUUACAAGCCGACAAAUAUCAUAUACUUCCUGGUUUUUAGAUGCUUUUAAUCAUGCUAUAUCUCGUAAAAUUCGAGUUUUAAACUUAUCAAUAGGUGGUCCUGAUUUUAUGGACGCUCCAUUUUUAGAUAAAGUUCGUGAGUUAACGGCCAAUGGUAUAACCAUGGUUUCAGCUAUUGGAAACGACGGACCACUUUAUGGGACGCUUAAUAAUCCUGCAGACAUGCCGGACGUUAUUGGUGUGGGUGGUGUUGAUGAAAAUAGAAAAGUUGCAAAAUUCUCCUCUAGAGGAAUGACAACUUGGGAAUUACCGAAUGGCUAUGGAAGAGUUAAGCCAGAUGUUGUCACUCUGGGCUCAAAUGUUCGUAGCUCAUCUUUAGGAAGAGGAUGUCGAACUCUAUCCGGAACAAGCGUGGCAUCUCCAGUCGUUGCAGGAGUUGUUGCUUUGCUAUUAAGUGUUGCUCCACAAUCCUCUCCUAUUGCAAUCAAGCAAGUGUUGAUGGAGACUGCAAAAAGAACACUCGGUGCAAAUAUUUUUGAACAGGGUGCAGGACAAGUUGAUGCUGUUCAAGCCGCCGCCUUAUUACAGAAUUACAAACCUCGGGUCACCUUACACCCACCCUAUAUUGAUUUAACAGAAUGUCCCUACAUGUGGCCUUAUUGUACUCAACCUUUGUUUGUCGGAGCUUCACCUGUAAUCGUGAACGUUACAGUAUUAUCAGGUUUAUCCGUUACGAGUUACAUAAAUUCGACACCCAUCUGGCAUCCAUACACCCCUCACAAUGGUAACAUGUUGGAAGUCUCAAUAUCUUACUCAUCUGUAUUAUGGCCUUGGUCUGGUUAUUUGGUAAUUUCAUUGUAUGCAUCUGAACAUGCAGUUAAUUUUGAAGGAAUUGCUCAUGGACAUGUGGAAGUUACUAUUUGGAGGGAGGAUUACAAAUCUAAUAGUAAUAUUACACUUCCCGUUAGAGUCAAAAUUAUUCGCCCCCCACCGAGAAAUAGAAGGAUAAUCUGGUCUCAAUGGCACCAGGUGAGAUAUCCAUCUGCUUAUGUACCAAGGGAUGAUUUAAAAAUGAAAAACGACCCUUUGGAUUGGAACGCUGAUCACUUACAUACCAAUUUCCGUGACUUCUAUCAACAAUUACGCUCUGCUGGCUAUUAUAUUGACGUUCUAACAACGCCUUUGAAUUGCUUAGAUGCCUAUCAGUAUGGGACAUUACUUCUUGUCGACAUAGAGGAAGAAUUUUGGUCUGAAGAAGUAAUAAAAUUACGUGACGAUGUUGUCAAUAAGGGCUUAUCUGUUCUUAUUAUAGCCGACUGGUACAAUACAACUGUCAUGAAAAAAGUAAAAUUUUUUGAUGAAAACACGCAACAGUGGUGGCUGCCAGUAACUGGUGGAUCAAAUAUUCCUGCCCUUAAUGAUCUACUCAAGCCUUUUGGUAUAUCAUUAUCAGAUAAAGUUCUAGAAGGUAAGUUUUCUGUUGCUGGUCAUGAAAUGUAUUAUGCUUCUGGAACAACAAUAUCAUCUUUUCCGGCAAACGGAAGGUUAUUAUCUGUAUCCCUCAACGAUCAAGGUCAUGAUGUGAUAAUAGGUUCUCAAAAAGUUGAAAAGCUACUCCCAUUACCAAUUAGUGGAAUACUUGAAGCCGAGAAAAGCACUGGUGGAAGAAUAGCUAUAUAUGGUGAUUCGAAUUGUGUGGAUUCAAGUCAUAUGCAAAUUGAUUGUUUUUGGUUUAUCUUGUCUCUACUAGAUUAUACGAAUAGCGGAGUAAUAUCUUCUCCGCUUUCAGAGCAUUUUGAGAAGAGAGAUUUAAUUAAAAGGGGCAGAGAUCCAGAAAGAAUGGAAGGAAGUCGCCUGAGAGAAUUCACUAAAACUAAUCGAACAAUCUUAGAUUGUCCAAGGAUUCAUUUUGCAAGUCCUCGUUCCUUAAAUAUUACAAUUAAUGAAGGAUCAUUUAGACGAAUGAAACUAUUUUCUUUACCCUUAAAAAUCAAAACUUUCCCGAAAAACCCGGCCGUCGAACAAGAUACGGUUACAAGCAUGCCUACUACAGUGUUAAUUUUAGCCUUCCUCUGCUCUAUUUCAGUUGUUUUAUUCUUCAUAAGAUUUUGGUACGGAAGGAAGUUUAGGCGAAGGAGUCACCGAGUGAAAGAAGCCAACAGGAUUUACUUUAGUAACAGAGUUGGAUUUUCGGCAUAA